AUGCGCUCAAAAUGUAGCUACUCUGGCAACGGCUGGUCAUAUAACCUACGCUCGAGCGAGAAUAUUGAUUCGGAUGACGACAAUGAAUAUAGAACGCUCUCUCAGCCAGCAGAAGAUGUUGCAAUUGGAGACCCUACUUCCGAACUUGACAUAUCUUCUCGUACGGACGCUGCCGAUUACAAGCCGAAUCCUUGGACAAUCGCAAAACAUAUAGUCGGUUCAGGAAAUUGUCUCGCUGCCCUAACCAAACCGCGACAUUCCGUUUUUGGUCGAAAUGGUCAUUCCCAGCCUGAAUUGCUCAAGAAAGGUACCAAAUUACCCCAUGUGCCAGCUAUUCCCGGAGAAAACGUUCUUAUCAACACACCAACAAUCGCAGUUUCUAUACAACCCGUAAACAGUUUCCAGACGCCUUGCUUUCCACGUCAUGAAUUGGGAAUGGGCGAGAACGAUAUUCUAAAGCGUGAUACAACGCAUCUGCCGGAUCCUCAGUAUGCAUUGCAGAGCGUAUCUCCCUGUUCUGCGCCUCCCCAACCCGUCUUGAAGCGGAAAUUGCCCGCGCAGACCGAGGAUUGCAAGGGGCCCAAGCAGCCUCCGGCGGCAAAAGAUAAUCCAUCCCGGCACGACGUACCUACCACCAGUGAAUCCCCACGCCUCUGCCCGACUGGUCUGGAUUUGAAUAUCAAGCCUGUAGUGGAAGCCCCAGAUACUUAUGCCGCAGACAGCAUCUGGUCUACGCUUCCCUCUAUGAAGAAACGUAAAGUCGGUAUUAAAAAUGAUGCGCCGUUCGUACUCUCGCGUCAGUUUAGGCUCCCUCUCGGGUUUCCGACUACGCAUCGGUCCUCCGUACAACAUGCUGUCGAUGCGAAAGACAAAAGUAGGACCAUCAAGUACUUGCCUCCUCCUGCCAACCGCGCUCUUGGUCCUGAUCCAGGCGCGCAAGUCACGACAUACGAACCCAGGGGCCUUGGUGAUGCUCACAACGCCCGGGUGGCAAUUUUACAACCAGCCGUUGCCUCCAGGAUCCAGCCGCCUGCCCGCACCAGAUACGGCCUACCGUCCCCGCCGACGUCGGAUCCGCCCGCUGUUCCCGGUAUCGAAAGCGCGCUGGAGCAGUAUUCAGAUGACACCCCUUAUAUGCGUAUCUCUGAUGAUUUUGAAGGAGAGGCAAGAUCUAAAUACGUCGGGAUGAGACAGCGCAUCGCCGAAGUACGUCUGCCUGCUCGAAACUGA